GGCGUGGCUCAUGUCACCCAGUGUGCGUUUCUCGGCGUUCGUGCGAGGGCUUUUUCGAGCCUCCUCAUCGCCGGCCGACACGGAUGCCCCAACCGCAGCCGCCGCCGUCAAGGACAGUACACAUUUGGAUUACACCAGCUAUUCAAGCGUGAACGUGGCCGUCCAGCAUGGGAUCCAACCCAAAAAGGACAGUGACCGUCCAGAUGGUGCCUCAGCUGGCUGCGGCAGACUCGCUCGCCAGUAAGGAGUCAAAUACCCACCGGACCACGGAGGCGAACAUGAAACUAUCCCAGGCUUCUCUCACAUCGCCCGGCUGCAAUCAGGAUCAAACUGCUUCGGUCGUGCCUGUUAGUACCCUUGAGAAGACUGUUGACACGAUAGGUAAAGGUGCAGGUGAAGCGGGAGAGCUAAGGGAUGCUAAUGCUAACAUUAGCAACAUGUUAAGCCUGGCUGAUGACAAAGUUUGUAAGAGUCCUGGUUGCCACGUGAGAACGCCCAAGGCCGAGGCUACUGUCUUAACCGCGGCACUGAAUAACUCACCCAACCCCAACAGUACUCGUGAUUCGACACACCUAGCGCCUGAACCAGGUACAGUGACAGAAGCGGGGAGCAUCUCUGGUCACAAAAACAAGAAGAUCUCGAAUCCAAAGGAUCCCAGUCACAAACAAAGGGUCUCCGUUUCUCUUCAAGAGCCAACCGAGCUCAAGAAAAGCACGGAAACUACACCCGUACGAAACUCGACUUUGACUUCGUCCAACAGCCAGGACAUCAAAGAAGUAUCCGUAGACAAAGUAUCCAUAGACAAAGUAUCUAUAGAUAAAGUAGCUAUCGCCAAAUUAUCUAUGGACAAAGUACCUGUAGACAAACACAAGACAGUACCCCUGCAGAAGGACCCUCUUUAUUUGCCUCAGGUGACACAACAAGUUCAAGAUCAGGAUGCUCAGACCGAGCCUCGCUGUAAGCUCUACAGAGAGGCUUCUACGAUGACCUCCCCUCGACUGCCUUCCACCACGGUCGAGCGGGGCCGCGACGCCGAGGUCCAGGCGGUAGCCGGUACUAGCUGCAAAGCCGUGUCCACCAGCCUGAGCCUGCUGCCCUUCAGACCCAACGUCGCCGCCCUCGAAGAUGCGCAGAGCCUCACUGUCAUCUACCAGGCCGAUGGGAGUUUAGGCUUCCGGCAGAUUGGACCAUCAACAAAUGUGCAGUCACCGUCCACCACAGAGAGGCUUAUUGUUGAGGCGGAAAUGUGCCCCGCUGCAGUGGUCGACUCGAAAAUGGGGACCAAACCUAAAGAAAGCCUCUCACCUCUCAGCAGUAUCCAACCGGUGUAUCAGAUCAACAUUCAACAUGGCAAUCGCAAGGAACCGGAGAACAGAAGCAUAGUGGCAAUACCUGCCACCAAAUCAGGAGAAUCCCAAAACAAGGACAUCCUUGCCAGGCCCAGAUUUGCAGAUAAGGCUGUUACAACCCAGACCAAACCAUCCACAACCACAAAAACUUCAUCCAAGUCUGAGGAACCAAACGUUACAAAAGACUUCGAAACUGAGGCCGACAAUGGCAACCAGCAGACGGCAGUGGUGGAGAGCGAUGAUGAGAAUAACACUCGGAAGAGCGUCCACGACGUGGUCUGGGACGAACAGGGCAUGACCUGGGAAGUCUACGGCGCAUCCGUGGACCCUGAGUCUCUGGGCUUCGCCAUCCAGAGCCACCUGCAGUGCAAGAUCAAGGAGCAGGAGAGGAAACUGAUCGCCCAGACCUCUUUCCGCAAGUCCAUCACGGGCCCGGACUCGCCAAGAGCCGGUAAGAAGAGUAAGCGGCGGCAGCACAAUCCGUUUCGGUCCAUGCUGCGUAACGUGCGCCGCCCAAAAUGCUGCGCGCGCCCACCUCCCUCUGCUGUCCUCGAUUAGAGGUUGGGCCAAUGUUAAACUCUCCAAACCCCCACCGACAGCCCCCCGCCCUAAAGUUGAAGGUGGUCGCUGUAGCGAUGCCACGUGAUGGGACGCCUCUUCCCGUGAGUAUCUCAGAAUGUUGUAGAGUAGACUAUUUGGGACGUUUGUGAUCAAAGGAAGUGAAAAGGUAUACAAAUGAACAAUAAUUUUUAUAUAAAUUGAUAUUUAAAACUAAAAAAUGAGAGAAUAUGUCUAUAAAGUAAUCAAAGGCAAUAAUAGAGAAAAGCAUGUGUAUUAGUUGGUUAUUUGAGAAUGAAGAACUUCGCGUAAAAAAAAAUAGAAUUGUUGCGGUCGCAGGCGGGUGUGAGUUACUGUCAAAGUCCUCGUGCAAUUAUACAAUACCGAUAUUUCAUUACUGCUAUUUUUAAGGUG